AUGGUGUCUAGAAACCUGAAAAUCUGUUUGAGUGUAUCUGCAUUGGUUCUCAUUGUUGUCUCAGCCAUCGCUAUAACUUUGAUUUUUACAGUUUUCAAAGUGAGAGAUCCAUAUAUUAUUGUCGAACUUUCACGUGUGAAUUUCCUUAACCCAGAUAUAGGUCCAAAUAUAACUAUACCCGUUUUGGUUAUAAUAAAGAAUUCAAAUAUUGGGAAAUUCAAUUACACAGAUUCCUUUAGCUAUAUCACUUUUCAAGACACUGUUGUAGGUACCGUUCCACUUCCUGCACAGCUUGUUCCUGCAAGGGGUGGAAUUAAUGUUACCACUCAUGCAAAUUUCAUGGUUAAUGAAUUGAUUCUAAACCCUAAUUUUUUUCUUGAACUUCAGAAUGGAGGCAAAUUUUCAUUGAUGUCAAAAGCUGAACUUCCUGGUAAAGUGAUUGUUAUGGGUUUUAUCAAAAUGAAGGCUAUGGCUACUAACCAAUGUAACAUCUCUGUUAGCAUUCUUUCCAAUGAUGUUGUUAGCAAUUGCACUUCUCAUAUCAAGAUUUUUCAUUAG